AUGCCAAACUGUUGUUGUGAACGAUUCCCCUUAUAGGGGUGUUUUGAUCGUAAACUUAGGGGGUUCGAGGAGGACACUAUGACAAAGUUCAUCGUUUGGACGAAAGACAGGCUUUUGGUGUGGACAGUGAGAUUUAAAGCAGUUCCUUUUGACGGUAUACCCUUCAUGGUGGUGGGGAGAAGGGUCUAACGUUACUCCUGUCACCGAGGGGUAGACAAACACAAACAUGAAAAACUGACAAGACAACUACAACUGAAUGACAUUCAUAAACAGAGGAAGGAGAGAUCUGGGUGUCUGAGACGUGCCUUAACAAAAAAACCAUCAGCAGUGAAGCUUGAGGAGCAAUAUUUUGCCUUCUUCCCAGGGAUCGAGAAGCACAAAAACCAUCCUGUGGUAGGAGAGGUUCCUGAGCCAGUGGACACUAGCAGCACCCCUCCCAGUGACAGCAUCACACCUCACAAAGACACCAAUGAUCCUCCCAGAGACUCCAGCACGACAAAGAAAAGGCAAAUGUGUGAGCUCUUACUGCGGGAAAUUUCAGCUCUCACUUACCAUCUACAGGAAGAGCCAUUUCUGGACUCCUUGACUUUUUAACUGAAUGACCUUUUGGAGGAUGUGAGGCAUCAUACCCCUCAUACCUCCAUCUAAAAAAAAAUAGAUACCUCAAGACCCUCAGCAUAAUCCCCGAAAACAUCCACCCUCUUGAAAGUUUGGCCAUUGUGCUGAAGCAGUGAAAGCAGGCUGCAAGCCUUAAACGCAGAUGUAAUGUAGUUUUUUGCUUGUUGCGUUAGGUUAAAUAUCUGCAUGAUAUUCUUUAGUAUUAUCCAAUUAUGAUUAUUGCCUGAGACCUUGUUCUCCUCAGUUUUCUUCCUAAUUUAUAGUAUUAAUUUAACAAUAUCUAAAACAAUUAAAAAUAAGAAGGGUGUACAUUUGUUAUGAAUUUGCAACAAAACUUUUACAUUUAAUGUAAUUUAAAUUAAUUGAUACCCAUGUUUAUUUAUAAAUCAUACCUGUUUUAAUGUUUAUUACUGAUGCAUUUAUUUAAUUGUGUGACUUUCUAUAGUUGAGGAAUCUUAAUUUAAUUGGAAAAGUGUUUACAGUAACAUUGUUUGCCAUGUGGCUUUAGUAGGUGAAAUGAAGAAAAAAAAAACAAAAAAAAAAAAAACACAGAGGCGUCAAGUU